CUGCGAGUUCUACCAGUCUGCUGCCUUCAGCUGAGAGGAUUCAGGCUGCACCUGCCAAAGACCUUCCCUUCUCCUUUUCACCUCCACUCUCUCUCCUUUUUUUCUUUUCGCCGCCCUCCCUCCUUUAUUUGUCCCCCCCGGUUCUCCGGCUGACAUGCACCAAGGAAUCAAAUGACUGCCAAGAAGCCAGCAGCACAAAUCCCGUCUCGCACUCCCGUCUUUGUGCCAUAUUAUUCCAGCUUGUGUUGCAGAAAUGUCCACAGGCAGCCAGGGCUGCUUGGAUGCAGGAUCAAACAGACCUGAUUUGUGACAGCACCCCUGGAUCCCCCUGGCCUGAAGAGAUCUGGAUCUUUACUAGAACUUACCCUUACUCAAAUGGUUCUGAAGAACUGGAUGGUCCUGCCAAGGGGUCAGCGCGCCGAGGAUGGGAAGCAGAGCCUCGUCUUACCCAGCCAAACAUUCCGGAUUGUUUUAUUCAUCUCAUAAACCCAUGCUUCUCCCCUGCUAGUGUCCUCCUCGCCUUCCCCAUACAUUCCACUGUCUACGCCGAUCGAUGAUCCAUCCCUUUCAACAACAAAAAAAAAUCCAUCCCAUUGCACCGAAACUCCAGACCCCCUUCUAUUUCUUCUUAUUCCGCGCGUUGCGAAAGGAGAAGGCGACGCGAAGGGAGACUUUAAUUUAUGUCUAGAUUAUAAUUAUUACAUGAUCCGGUAGAUUUAGAGCAGCGGGUUACAUCGGUAAUCUGGAAAUUAUUUUCUAUAGGAUAAUCUGCUUUUUCCGUGAAAAAGCUUUUUUUGUUUGUUUGUUUGUUUGUUUUUAAAAAGUUUAUUGCAAAAACAAAACAUUGUAAUUUAAUAAAGAGCGGAAGAUGAAGAUGAUCUUGGUGCGCAAGUUCAGGGUGUUGAUAUUGAUGGUGUUCUUGAUCGCUUGCACAAUGCACAUCAUGAUAGAUCUACUACCAAAGCUGGAGAAGAGGGCGUCCAGGAGCGACGGGGAGGUGGGGUGCUCCUGUACCCACAACGAGGACUGGGGGAAGCAGAGACCCAAGAAUACGGCCGAGUCGGGGUGGCCUAAUAAGCACACGCUGAGGAUCCUACAAGACUUCAGCAGUGACCCCAGCUCCAAUCUCACCUCGCACUCCCUAGAGAAAAUCACUGGAAUUAUGGACAAAAAUGACUCCUUUAAAAAACUGGAGCAGCGGGAAACGGUCAAGGACCUGGGCAGUAAACAGUUAAUCCAAGAUGGAAGUAUAAAGAAGCCCCAGCCUGGGCUUGGAUACUCUAGACUGGUUGCCCUGUUCCAGCAUCCUCUGUAUAAAAGUGUUACUCCUGAGCUCACCGAAGAUGAUGUCUUAUUUAAUGUGAACAGUGACAUCAGGUUUAACCCCAAAGCUGCUGAGAACCAGGAAUGGCAAAAUGUGGGGAAUGAAGCAAAUGAGGAGGAAGAAUUCUUACCUACUGGAGAAGCUCAUGCAGACUCCUAUCCAAACUGGUUAAAGUUUCAUAUUGGGAUCAAUCGGUACGAGUUAUACUCCAGACAGAACCCAGCUAUAGGAGCCUUACUGCAGGAUCUUGGCAGCCAGAAGAUUACCAGCGUUGCAAUGAAAUCUGGAGGUACCCAACUGAAGCUCAUCCUGACCUUCCAAAAUUAUGGACAAGCACUUUUCAAACCUAUGAAGCAGACACGAGAGCAAGAAACCCCGCCGGACUUCUUCUACUUUUCAGAUUAUGAGCGGCAUAACUCUGAGAUCGCUGCGUUCCAUUUGGACAGGAUUCUGGAUUUCCGCCGUGUUCCACCUGUCGCUGGUAGAUUGGUGAACAUGACCAAAGAAAUAAGAGAUGUGACGAGAGACAAGAAACUCUGGAGGACGUUUUUCAUUUCUCCAGCAAACAACAUUUGUUUCUAUGGAGAAUGUUCUUACUACUGUUCAACGGAACAUGCCUUGUGCGGAAAGCCAGAUCAGAUAGAAGGAUCUUUGGCUGCUUUCCUCCCAGACUUGUCCUUAGCAAAACGGAAGACGUGGAGGAAUCCAUGGAGACGCUCAUACCAUAAACGCAAAAAAGCAGAAUGGGAAGUUGACAGUGACUACUGUGAAGGAGUGAGGCAGACACCUCCAUAUGACAGCGGCACCAGGCUUCUGGACAUCAUCGAUAUGACGGUGUUCGACUUUCUCAUGGGCAACAUGGAUCGACAUCACUACGAGACCUUUGAGAAGUUUGGAAAUGAAACAUUUAUAAUUCAUUUGGAUAACGGACGAGGGUUCGGAAAAUAUUCUCACGAUGAGCUGUCUAUCUUGGUGCCGCUGAACCAGUGUUGCAGGAUUAAAAAGUCUACUUACCAACGACUGCAACUCCUAGCAAAGGAAGAAUACAAGUUGAGUAAGCUGAUGGAAGAGUCGCUCCAAAUGGACAAAAUUGCUCCAAUUCUCUAUCAACCGCACCUUGAGGCACUGGACAGGAGGCUUCGGAUUAUCCUUAAAGCUGUCAGUGACUGCUUAGAAAAACUUAGCUAUGAUAACGUAGUCGAAAAUGAUUUGGACUCUGACCUGAACAACAAGACGACCAAGAGGUAGUGACACAGGACCACUAACUCCCAACCAAGAAGACAUAGUCUUGCCGAAGACUGCGAAUGCUCCUCUGUGAAUUCAGUGAAUUCAGAUUAAAGAUGAAGUUGUUCCCACUGUA